AUGGAGAUUCGGGUGUUCUCUGAACUUGUGAAUAAGAGCAGGGUGGCUAAGGAAUGUGUAAGAAAGGCCGCAGCAGAAAAGGGAAGUAUGAGGAUGCCUUUCCAGAGGACUUCAGGAAGGAAUUUUGCACCUAGGGGAAGACAAUUCAAGCGUGGUGGCUUUGUCCCUCAGAAUAAUCAGGGGCAAGGCAACUUCAGGAGGCCAAAUGCCAAUGCUACUCAGGGAAGAUGUCAUGGGAAACAGCCUGGACACUUGGCUAUCAACUGUCCAAAUAGGAAGAGGUAUGAAACUGGCAGAGUGCAGCAACCAGAGAAAGUAUAUACUACUUCUACAGUAGGCGCUGAGGGGUCAAACACACUGAUUAGAGGUAAUUGUGAGAUGGCCGGUAAAAGUUUGAAUGCCUUAUUUGAUUCUGGAGCUACACAUUCAUUUAUUGCAUUUGAGAAGGCUGAUGAGUUAGGAUUAAAAAUAGUAAUCCUGGGGUAUGAUUUAAAGGUGUAUAAUGCUACCCACGAGGCUAUGGUGACUAGGUUAGGGUGCCCACAAGUUCCAUUUUGA